UGCUGACUGAGCUUGAGGAGGGAUCUGAAAUCUGUUGUCUUUUCUGAACGGUGAGAGUGCUGUGUUUGCUGGUAGCCUCAGACAGGAGUAAUAGUGUAGAACAUGACGUCAGUGUAUAAGAAGCAUACAGGUACUAUGCAUCGCAAAAGGAAAAUGAAGAAAACUUGGAACAAGGCUUUCCCUUUCAUUAUUGAUGCUUCAGAAGACUCUCAUCAAGUUUAUUGCACAAUAUGUGCAAAAAGCAUAAAUGUUACCCAUAAUCACUCUACAUCUGUUCGUCUCCAUGUAAUGUCACAAUUACACAGGAAAGCUGCUCUUCAGUCGAAGGGGCUAAAGGAAAAGAUGGAGCUAUCAUUUGAUGAUAUUGCUAUCUAUUUCUCAGAAGAGGAGUGGAAAAGUUUAAAAGAAGGACAGAAGGCGCUGUACAAGGAUGUGAUGAUAGAAAACUAUCAGACUCUUCGCUUACUUGGCUACCUCCGUUUUAAGCCUAGAAUUAUAACAGCUAUUGAAAAAGGACACGAGCUAUAUAUUAAGAGAGAUCAGAGGCCAAUGAAAAUUAAAGACACCAUCAAAACAGACUGUGAUCCUAGGAUUUCAAAGAACAGAAUAGAGAUCCAAUCACCUGAAUGCUCAUUGCAAGAUGAAGCAUCUUCAGACAAACCCAGAGAACAAGAACUGAGGCCCAAAGUAAAAUCAAGAAACCUCACACAUAGAAAACCAGUGCAACUCUCAAGUCUGCAUAGAAGAAUGUAUAUGUAUAAUGUCUGUGUGUGCUUAUAGGCUGAAUGGGCAAAACAAUGCAUCCAUGAAAAUGAUAAAUAUACAUUUCAUUAAAUAGCAAUAUAAGUAUGGGGUGCCCCAGUUGUGUAAAAAGUUUACUUAUAUUUGUAAUUUUCUUUAUCAUUCAUAUGAGAUGAGAUUAAUGCACGCUUAGUCCAAGGCUAUGCAGGUCUUGGAGUACAACUCCUACUGGGAGGGCAUGAGGUUGGUUGCUGUAGCCUAAAAAGAGUCCUUUACACAUGUUGUUGGACUUUGAGAAAGCUAUUGAAGCAAAAACAAAGCAGUUUGUACAAGAAAUAAAUUGUUGCCCUAGACAUGGCCGUCACUGUGUGUGCCAGCACAUUUUCCAUUGAAGUCCAAAUGGAAUGGGAGGCUUGAUUGGCAUAGUAUUUGCUGGGAAGCCUAUGGCAUACACACGUAUUCCUUAUAAGCCAUAUGCAACGCUUUAUUUUAGCAGAAAUAGUCCUCUUAAUAAAAAAUGAACAUGAAUUAGAGUUUAGGGACAGAAUCAGUCAUGCAGCAAGCUAAAAUACAGGAAUAACAAAAUACAGAAAACCCAUUAUUUGGGUACCACACAUUUCUGAUAAUACUCCUUGCUGUGUAAGAAUAUAUUCCACCCCUGAGUCAUGUUUACCACAGACAAGUCUUAUAUUUUUGAUUUCUGACAAAUAUUGUUCAGUAUGGUAUGAAAGGUGGCAUACUUGGGAUUACCAACUGCUGAUCGUAAAAAAUAUUGACUUUUCCAGUAAGAAAAACACUUUAAUAGAGCAGCAAGACUGAUCUAUAGGUAGGCCAGAUUUUUUUUCCUGGAAAGGUGCAACCUUAGUUGCAAAGUAUUUACUUUGCUACUAAGGUUGCACCUUUCUGGGAAGAAAAUUCUGGCCUACCUAUAGAUCAGUCUUGCCUCCCUAUUAAAGGGCAACUUGAGGUUUUUGAAAAGUAAACAUAAUUUCAAUCAACUUUGCAUAGUACAUCAAUUAAAAAAAAA